GACGUAAGAGAGUCCAGGCCAAUUAGAGCACAGGAACGGCGGUUUCCAGAACUCACGCAGCCGGAUCGGAAAGGAGGUGGCCGCCGCCCGUGGUGGUCUUUCACGGUUUCUGGGUGUUUGUGACCCUCAGCCUCCACCUUUCCUCCUGUGGCCCCCACGAUGCCGAUGUACCAGGUAAAGCCCUAUCACGGGGGCGGAACAUCUCUACGUGUAGAGCUUCCGACCUGCAUGUACCGGCUCCCCAACGUGCACGCCAAAAGCAGCAGCCUGGCGCAGAACGCGGUCCACGUGCAGGGAGAGUCUGACCCAUCUCUUCGUGCUCUUGAGUCCCGCCAAGAUAGUAUUUUGAAACGUCUGUACGAAUUGAAGGCCGCCGUUGAUGGCCUGUCCAAGAUGGUUCAGACGCCGGAUGCAGACCUGGACGUAACCAACAUAAUCCAGGCCGAAGAGCCCACUGCCUGGUCGACCAGUGCCUUGGACUUAAAUUCAGUGCUUGGAAAGGAUUACGGGGCCCUGAAAGACAUCGUCAUCAACGCCAACCCCGCCUCGCCUCCCCUCUCCCUGCUCGUGCUGCACCAGCUGCUCUGCGGCCACUACAGGGUCCUGUCCGCCGUCCACACGCAUUCAGCUGUCAAGAACGUGCCGGGAAACCUGCUCAGGUGCUUUGGCGAGCAGGCCAGCAAACAGCCCCGUCACGAAUACCAGCUGGGUUUCACUCUGAUUUGGAAGAACGUGCCAAAGACUCAGAUGAAAUUCAGCGUCCAGCGGAUGUGUCCCAUCGAGGGGGAAGGGAACAUUGCUCGGUUCCUGUUCUCCCUAUUUGGCCAGAAGCAUAACGCAGUCACCCUAACGCUCAUCGAUAGCUGGGUGGAUGCAGCUCUUUUCCAGUUGAAAGAGGGAAACAGUAAAGAAAAAGCCGCUGUGCUCAGCUCCAUGAACUCCGCCCUGGGGAAGAGCCCCUGGCUCGUGGGGAGCGAGCUCACGGUGGCCGACGUCGUGCUCUGGUCGGCGCUCCGGCAGACGGGAGGCUGCGGCGGGCCCGGGCCGGCCCAUGUGCAGAGGUGGAUGAGGGCCUGUGAGAACCUGGCGCCUUUCAGCACUGCUCUCAGGCUCCUCCAGUGACCCCCCAAAACGGACUGUAAAGGAUCUAGACCGGAGUUUAAGGAUGGUGCUCUUUCACGCCUGUUGUUGGUAAAGGGACUUGUACCAAAAUCAGAGUCUUUAAUUACACCAGUUGUCGAGUGUCA